AUGCCAGAAAGAGGACCCGAGCAGUGGUUUGAAGACAUCAAGAAUUGCAAGGCACUUCCUGAGAAUGAUAUGAAACAUCUCUGCGAGAAAGUGAAGGACUUGUUGAUGGAGGAGUCGAACAUACAGCCGGUCAAAUCGCCAGUCACUGUGUGCGGUGAUAUCCACGGGCAAUUCCACGAUCUGCUUGAACUCUUUAAGAUUGCAGGAGGGUUUCCGUCGGGCUCGACUUUGAGUAACAACUAUAUCUUUCUAGGUGACUAUGUGGAUAGGGGCUAUUUCUCGUUAGAAACUUUCACAAUGUUGAUGAUUUUGAAGGUGAAAUUCCCCCAGCACAUUACCUUGGUGAGAGGCAACCAUGAGUCGAGGCAAAUCACACAAGUGUAUGGGUUCUACGAAGAAUGCUUGAACAAGUAUGGCUCGACAAUGGUUUGGAAAUACUGCUGUCAGGUUUUUGACUUCUUGACCUUAUCAGCCAUCAUUGAUGGUAAGAUACUAUGUAUACACGGCGGUUUGUCUCCCGAAAUUAGAAUGUUGGAUCAAAUCCGUGUGUUAUCGAGAGCUCAGGAAGUUCCUCAUGAGGGUGGAUUCUGUGACUUGGUCUGGUCUGAUCCCGACAAUGUCGAUACAUGGGCAAUCUCUCCUAGAGGUGCAGGUUGGUUAUUUGGUGCUAAGGUCGCCAGAGAAUUCAACCAUAUAAACAAUUUGAACUUAAUUGCUAGAGCUCAUCAGUUGGUCAUGGAGGGCUUCAGAUACCAUUUCCCGGACAAGGACGUGGUGACAGUCUGGUCCGCACCAAAUUACUGCUAUAGAUGUGGUAACGUGGCGAGUGUUAUGAAAGUUGAUGACGACUUGAAUGUCAAUUUCCAAAUUUUCAGCGCUGUUCCUGAUGAUACGUUAAAAAUGCAUCCAUCCAAAAGUCAAAAAAAUAAUAAUGAAUACUUUUUAUAG